GCAGCAGGGGUCGGGGGCUGCAGGGAGCCGCGCCCCAGGAGGGCAGAGGAGCAGGUGCUGGGUCACGGAGCGGAGUGGGGCUUGAUCUCGGCACGGUGCAGCUCCCGGCUUGGCGUGCGGCGUGGGCCCCCUCUGCACGUCUGGCUCCACUGUGCAGGCAGCAACCUGAGACCCAGCCUAAAAAUAACCCUGCACUCACCCCCGGAGCUGCGACCUUCGGGGCUUCGUCCGGCUGGGCAGGCACCGAACCGAACGCCACCUGCAGCGGGCAGCGGCCUUUCCUCCUCUCGCCCCCCAGCACGUGCCCAGCCGCCGGGGGCAGCUCCAAGCACUAGGCAGUGCGGCAAGAGGGAGAAACGGAUCGUGGGGGCUGCCCGGGGGUCCAGCUGCAGCUGCCUUGAGUCCAGGGCCCUGGGGAAAGGCUCGGCAGGGUGCAGGGCUGCAGCGGGAACCCCAGUGAGGGCUGAAUUCAGCGGCCACAAGCCAUGCACCGAGCCCAGGCGCAGAGCAAGCUGAGCACAUCUGGGGAGGAGGCCGGGGGGCUGGCGCGCACACUGGAGAGGCCUGGAGUGGCCCCUCCAAGUCCCGGCAUCCCCCCGAAGCGCGCCAAGGUCACAACGGUGCCCGAAGCGGGGGCAGCUCGCCCAGCAGCCCCAGUCUUUGUGCGGAAGCUGAAGAACGCGGCCAUUGGCACCGGCUGCGACAUUCGGCUGCGAGUGGCUGUGGUUGGGAGCCCCCCGCCCCGCCUGCGGUGGUACAAAAACAAGGCACAAAUCCCCCCACGGGGAGAGGAGUACGGCACCCUGUGGAUCCGCGACAGCAAGCUGGAGGACGCCGGCGUCUACACCUGCGUGGCCCAGAAUGAGCAGGGUGAGGCCAUGACGAGCGCCGUGCUGGCCAUCAUCGAUAUGGAAGACUCGGAGACAGGCGAGGACGACGCCAGCGACCCCCAGGGGACGCAGCCCAGUGAGCUCCAGGACGAGACGCAUUUCAGCUCCCCCACAGGUGAGUCAGACACGCUGGUGGACACCUCCAUGACCACGUCGGCGCUGGGCCUGUCGCACGCGGAGGAGCGCUCCAGCUGGUCGGGCAGCCAGCAGACCGUGGUGGAGAAGGAGAUGGAGCCCGGCCUCCCAGUGAGGGGGCCCUACCUGCGCCCCGGUGGCUGGCAGCCGCAGGGGACCCCAAGGCAAGCACAUACGCAGGCCCCCCGCAGCGCCGAGGUCAGGCACCUGGGGGUGGAGCCGCUGCUACGGGCGUCGCGUGCUAUUCUGGUGGGCACAAGCUGGGGGUCGGAGGAUAGCCUCUCGGUGGCCAGCGACCCUUACGGCAGCGCCUUCAGUCUGUACAGAGGACGGGCGCUCUCGAUCCACGUCAGCAUCCCCCAGGGCGGGUACAGGAGAGACGACCCCAACGGCAGCACCUCGGAGCUCUCGCCGAAGCCUGGGGCAGACCCCCAAAGGCCUCUGGGUCAGGCGCUGGCCUCCAAGCCUCCUGUUCUCUGCCUGCCGUCUCCCAGGGUGGGCCAGUACCCGGCCCAGCUGCCCGGAGCCGCGUCUCAGCCGGCCAGCCAAGGUCCUGGCGUCCCCUCCCCCACGCCCCUGACGCCCCGCCGGACGGCCCUGAUGCCGGUGGAGUACCAGGACACGGUCCCCGAGGAGUACGAGGAGAAGGUCCGGAAGCCCAAGUCUCUGGGGUACUCGCAGGCCAGCACGCUGGAGUCCCGGCCCCAGACCCCGCUGAGCGAGACCUCCAGCCGUGUGUCGGUGCUGCGGCCCUCGCCCAAGCUGGCGCGCUCCGGCUCCAAGAUCUUCGAGAAGCUGAAGUACUUUGAGGAGCGCCGGAGGAGCCUGGAGCAGAGCGACAGCCCCCUCCCGGUCCACGCCUGGCUGCCCCUGCGCAAGACGCGCUCCUUCGACCAGCCCGACCUGGGCCAGCGCCCGCUCACGCCGGGCGGCUCCCGGGAGGAGCUGCGGGACGGGGUGCGGUCAGAGAUGGGCGGCCCGACGUGCCGGCGCCAGGCCUUCCGCCACAAGGCCGCCUCGUUCGACGAGCGGGGCCGCUUCGCCAGCCGGCUCGGCGACAUCGAGCACAGGUUCUGCGAGGAGCUGAGCCGCAUCAAGAGGACGGUCUCCAAACAGCAGCUGAUGAGGUCGCAGGAGCUGGCAAAGGCCGGCCUCCCGCGGGCCCCCUCACCCCGGGGCCCCAGCCAGCGCUCUGCCCCCCGGGCGCUGGAGGCACAAGCCACCCCGGCCCCGAAAGGCCAGCAGCCCAAGGCCCCGCCGCCUGUGGAGAACGCGCACGGUGUCCAGCAGCUGGCCCUGGCCAGCGUGGGGCUGGGGGGGCCCGGAGACGGGACGGAGCGGGCGGCCACGCGGAAGCCACUGCUUCGGAGCUGCGCCCUGGCCAGCCAGCCCCGGGAGGAGGCCAGAGGCAGGAGGAGUGUGGAGCCGGAAGGUGCUGAGGGCAAGAGGAAGGUGGAGCAAUGCCCCUUAUCGCUGGGGCGGGGGGACCUGCCGGAGGCCAGGACCCCCGAGGGAGCCGCAUGCCUGGAUGGGGGCCCAACGGUCGGGGCGAGAGCUGGCCGCGACGGCAGGGCCUCCGGGGCUGGGAGCGAAGGCCAGCACGGGCCACACAGGAAGCGGGUCGUGGGCCAGGAGGUGCGGUUCUUACCCUGGGCCAAGCCCGGGCCGGAGCUCGGAGCCGGCCUGGAGGGGGCCAGGGCAGGGCCGCGCGGCACAGGCAGGGAUGCCGAGCAAAGGCAGCUGAAGGUCACGGAGAAGAAGGAAGGUGCCCGGCUGGCUCAGGAAGGGAGAAGCGCCCGGAGCAAGGGGAAAUGCCGCCGGCCCCGGCCCAUCUCGCCAGAGCUAGAGUCAUCCGAUGAUUCGUACGUCUCCGCUGGCGAGGAUCCCCUGGAGGCCCCGCUCUUCGAGAUCCCCAUCCAGGACGCUGUGGUGACGGUGGGCGCAGAGGUGCUGCUGAAGUGCAUUGUCACGGCCAACCCCAUGCCCGAAGUGUCCUGGAGGAAGGAUGGCAUCCUGCUGAGGGGCAGCGCCUGGCGCCCCAUCAAAGUGGAGGGCGAGCGCCACACCCUGCUGGUGCAGAGCGCCCGGGGGACCGACGCCGGCCUGUACACGGUCACGGCGGCCAACGAGGUGGGGGAGUCGUGCUGCAGCGCCAGGCUGACUGUGCAGCCGGCGCCCCCUGCGGAGAGCCAGGGGUCCCUGCCGCCCCCCCUGGCCCUGGCCAGCCCCAUCACGUCGGACGAGGAGUACCUGAGCCCCCUGGAGGAAUUCCCAGCGUCCAGGACCCCCCAGCAACAGCUGGCCGGGAAGCUGCAGCACACAGUCGAUCUCGGCACCGCCCGCAGCCCGGUGGAGACCAACUUCAAGGCUGCCCCCACCUUUGAGCUGGCUCUGUGUGACCUGUCAGUGCUGGAGGGGCAGGACGUCAGCAUGAGUAUCCGGGUCCGGGGCGAACCCAAACCCAUCAUCCACUGGCUGAGGAACCGGCAGCCGGUGAAGGUGGGCCGGCGGCUCUCCGUGGCGGAGGGGGAGGGCGGCUCCUGCACCCUGCACAUCCUGGCGGCAGAGCGCGCAGACGCCGGCUUCUACGCCUGCAAAGCCAUCAACGAAUACGGCACCAAGCAGUGCGAGGCCAAGCUGCAGGUCCGAGCACACCCCGCGAGCCAGGCCCUGGCUGUGCUGGCACCGCUGCAGGACGUGACGGUCGGGGCCGGGGAGCUGGCGCUCUUCGAGUGCCUGGUGACGGGCCCGCCGGACCUGGACGUGGACUGGCUCUCGCGGGGGCGGCUGCUGCAGCCCGCCCUGCUGAAGUGCAAGAUGCACUUUGACGGGCACAAGUGCAAGCUGCUGCUCACCUCCGUGCACGAGGACGACAGCGGCGUCUACACCUGCAAGCUGAGCACAGCCAGGGAGGAGCUGACCUGCAGCGCCCGGCUCACCGUGCGCCCGUCGAUCCAGCCACUCUUCACCCGCAAGUUGGAGGACCUGGCCGUGGUGAAGGGACGGAUGGCGCGUUUCGACUGCAAGAUCAGCGGCACCCCCAUGCCCACCGUCACCUGGACCCACUUUGGCCAGCCUGUGGAGGAAGGCGAGAACGUGCGGCUGCAGCAGGAGCGGGGGCUGCACUCGCUGCUCAUCGCGCAUGCGGACAGCGAGGACGAGGGGCAGUACGGGGUCUGUGCCACCAACGAGCAAGGCCAGGCGGAGUGCUCCGCCGAGCUGUACGUGGAGGAGCCGCGCCCGGCCGCCACCUCCCACAGCUCCAAGCUGGAGAAGAUGCCAUCCAUCCCGGAGGAGCCGGAGCUGCCAGAGAAUGAGGUGGAGCGCUUCACCAUGCCCGACUUCCUCCACCCGCUGCACGACCUGGACGUGGUGGAGUCCAAGGAGGCGGUGCUGGAGUGCCAGGUGGCCGGCCUGCCCUACCCCACCAUCACCUGGUUCCACAACGGCACCAAGAUCCGCAGCUCUGAGGACCGCAAGAUGACCCAGUACAAGGACACCCACCGCCUGCUGUUCCCGGCCGUCAGCCACGCCCACGCCGGCGUCUAUAAAAGCGUCAUUGCCAACCGCGUGGGGAAGGCCACGUGCUACGCUCACCUCUACGUGACAGACGUGGUGCCGACUCCCCCCGAUGGGCCGCCCAUUGUGCUGGCCGUGACCGGCAGAGCCGUCACGCUGACCUGGAACAAACCCAAGUGGCUCGACUCAGCCAUAGACCCCGCCUCGGUGACCUACACCAUCCAGCAGCAGGUUCUGGGCACCAGCCAAUGGACCAUUGUGGCCACCGGCCUGCGAGACACGCACUGCACAUUGCACAGCCUGGCCAAGGGGCCACGACACCUCUUCCGAGUGCUCACGGUCACCCCCAGGAGCAGCAGCAAGCCCUCGCCUCCCAGCGAGCCAGUGCAGCUCCUGGAUCGGGGUCCAUACCUGGAGGAGGCUCCUGUCAUCCUGGACAAGCCAGACGUGGUGUACGCGGUGGAGGACCAGCCAGCCUCUGUCACUGUGACCCUGAACCACGUGGAGGCCACGGUCACCUGGAAAAGGGGCGGGUUGGUGCUGGAGGAGCGGGCUGGCGAGUGUGAGCUGAGCAUGGCUGACGACGAGCAGCACUGCCUGCGGCUCUGCCAGGUGCACCGCGGGGACGCUGGGGAGCUCACCUGCGAGGUGAGCAACAGGCACGGCGCGGACAGCUGCUCCAUCAGCCUGCAGCUGGCAGAGGCACCGCGCUUCGAGUCCAUCAUGGAGGACCUGGAGGUCGGGGAGGGCGAGACACCACGCUUUGCCGUGGUGGUGGAGGGCAAGCCGCUACCCGACAUCAUGUGGUACAAGGAUGAGGCGCUGCUGGCCGAGAGCAGCCGCCUGACCUUUGUCUACGACGACAACGAGUGCUCCCUGGUACUGCUGGGCGCCACGGCCCAUGACAGCGGCAUCUACACCUGCACCGCCCGCAACCUGGCCGGGGAGGUGUCCUGCAAGGCCGAGCUGGUGGUGCACGCAGCCCAGCCAGAGGCAGUGGCCGCAGUGGCGGAGGAGGGGCACGUGGCCCGGCGGCUGACGGACGACUACGAGGUGCACGAGGAGAUCGGGAGGGGGGCCUUCUCCUAUGUGCGGAGAGUGACGGAGAAGAGCAGCGGGCUGGACUAUGCAGCCAAGUUCAUCCCCUGCCGGGCCAAGGCCAAGCAGUCGGCGUGCAGGGAGCUGCAGAUCCUGUCCCAGCUGGACCACGAGCGCCUCGUCUACUUACACGACUCCUUCGAGAAGAAGAACGCCGUGAUCAUCGUCAUGGAGCUCUGCACAGAGGACGAGCUGCUGGACAGGAUGGCGAGGAAGCCCUCGGUGUGCGAGUGGGAGGUUCGCUCCUACAUGCGGCAGCUGCUUGAGGGGCUUAGCUACCUGCAUCGCUGCAGCAUCCUGCACCUGGACGUGAAGCCGGAGAACCUGCUGAUGGCCGGCAGCGACCAGGUGCGGCUCUGCGACUUCGGCAACGCGCAGCGGCUGGCGCCGGAGGGGGCCCAGUACUGCAAGUACGGCACCCCUGAGUUCGUGGGCCCAGAGAUCGUCAGCCAAAGCCCUGUGUCCAUCGUCACCGACGUCUGGCCCGUGGGAGUCAUUGCCUACCUAUGCCUGACGGGGAUCUCCCCGUUUGUGGGCGAGAACGACAAGACCACGCUGCUGAACAUCCGCAACUACAACGUGGCCUUCGAGGAGAGCAUGUUCCUGGGGCUGACGCGGGAGGCCAAGGGCUUUCUCAUCAAAGUGCUGGUGAACGACCGACUGAGACCCAACGCGGAGCAGACGCUGGAGCACCCCUGGUUUAAAACCUUGGCCAAGGGGAAAUCCAUCAGCACCGACCACCUGAAGCUCUUCAUCUGCCGCAGAAAGUGGCAGCGCUCUCAGAUCAGCUACAAAGGCAACCUGGUGCUGAGAGCCAUCCCAGAGCUGCUGGAGGACACGUCCAGCCACCUCUCCAUCGCCCUGCCCCGGCACCUCAAGGACUCGCCCGCCCUCUCCUCCUCCUCGGACUCGGAGGAGCUGGACGAGCUGCCCCUGCUCCCCAUGCCCCACCAGGUGGAGUUCUCUGGCUCCCGUGUCUCCCUCAACGAGAUCCCCACGGACGACGAAGCCCUGGGCCAGGCCGAGGGGGCGCUGGAGGAGGCCCCCAUGGAGUGGCAGGCAGGGGUGGCAGGCCCGGGGAAGGGGCCCGCGGUGGCGGAGGGGCCUGGCUCCACAGAUGAGGACUCCGCCAAGGCCCAACCGCGUCCCGGGUGCCCCCGGAAGGCCCUGAAGAAGGGCUCCAGCCUGGAGUCCCCGGAGUGGGGGCACCCGCCUGGCCGGAGGGGCGAGCUGCGGCGGGGCAGCUCUGCGGACAGCGCCCUCCUGCUGGGCCUGCCGGCGGCGGACAGAGUGGGGCCGGCGGGCGAGGAGCCCCCCAAGGCGCUGAAGAAGGCGGCGUCCAUGGAGCUGCCGGGCCGGAGCCCCAGCCCGGGGAGUGCGCAUCGCAGGCAGGCCGAGGAGGAGCAAGGCCAGCGCCUGGAGCUCGUGCACCAGCACCUGCUGCGGGACGGCCCCGUGGAGCCCAGGGUCAGUGGCCUACGGGGGCCGCUCCUGGAGACCCUGGAGAAGAAGGUGCUGCGGCCCCCCCGGCCCGCAAAGCAGCCAGCCCCAAGGGCCAGGCUGGUGCGGGCGGCCUCCAGCGAGGCGGCCCCGCAGCACCCGCCACCAGAGCCACGCCUGCUGCAGAAAAGCAGCUCCUUCAGCCAGGGCGACCUGGAGCCAGUCAUGGUGCACCGCCGCUCGGGCGCCCCACUCGAAAUCCCCAGCACUCGCCUGGAAGGCCAGCGGCUCCAGGAGUCCCCCUCGCUCUCUGCUCUGACGGAGUCCCGGCCCCACACCCCGCGGGAAAGCUCCUCCAAACCACCCGGCCCUGGCCUGCCCGAGGCCUCCCCUGAGCAGAGGCCUGUGCCAGGGGACACUGCAGGGCCCAGAGCCAGCUUGGCAGCUGUGCGCAAGAAGCCUCCAGCCGAGAGGCCUCAAGAAAAGCCUCUGCCACGGCCUGCAGCUGCCAGAGCUGCCCAGGUCCCCCUGCAGGCAGCUCCCAAGCCCAGAGCAUCCCUGCCAGAGCCCCCUGCCCCGGCCUCCAGGGCCCCCAAACCCUCCUCCUAUGCACAGGUGAUACAGUCCAUCCAGCUCCCCGCAGCGCCCGGGGAGCCUGCCCGGGCUGAGCCCCCCGCUGCCCGCCCGGAGCCGUGCCCCGCGCCCCCCCCAGCCCAUGCUGCCAAGGCGGAGACGGCACCGCCGCGUUCCAGCAGUGCCCUGCCCAUCAAGGACAUCGACUCGGAGGAAGUCUUUGAGGCCAAGUUUAAGCGGGGCCGGGAGUCGUCGCUCAGCCGCGGCCUGAAGCUCCUCAGCAGGCCCCACUCGCAGGAGCGGCGCCUGGCCAGCCCGCUGGCGCGGGAGGAGGGGAUGUACCGGCCCGGCCCGGCUGGGGCGCCACUGGAGCUCGCCAAGGGCCCGGCCCAGAGGGCCCAGUCGGUGCAGGACCUGCGUGAGCCGGAGGUGGCCAGCUUCAUCCGUAGGAUGUCCCAGCGCCUCUGGCACACGCCACCCAUGGAGCGGAAGCAGCCCCAGGAGGAGGAGUCGGGCCGCGAGCCCCCGAGCCGGGGCCGCCGUCUCUCCUGGACCCUGGGUCUGGGCAGCUCCAAGGACAAGCGAGACUCGGCGAGCCUGAAAUCGGAGCCAGGCCAGAGCCAGGCCGGGUCGGAGCCCCCCGGCAGGGAGCCCAGCGAGUCGCCCGUCAUGGCCAUGAGGCGGAAGAUCAGCUCCACCAUGGAGCGCCUCUCCCAGCGCCUGCGCAGCCCCUCGGCCGACAGGGGGGAGGCGGAGGGGCCCGGGAAGCGGAGCCCGCUGCUGGCCCUGCUGCGGAGGUCCAACUCGGAGGGGGAGAACCUGCGCAAGAUGGGGAUCCCGCAGAACCAGCUGGCGGCGCAGUCAGCCCUGGCGCCCUCCGCCGAGUCCUUCCAGUCGGAGAGCAGCACCCGCUCGGAGGCGGAUGCCAGAGCUCCCAGCGAGGGACAGAGACACUCCCGGUGGGACCGCUGGGGCCUGUCCCGCGCCAAGAGGGACAAGGUGGCCUCGCAGCCCAACAUCCCGGCCAGCUUGCUGCAGGAGGACGGCACCAUCGUGGGCAGGCAGUACGUGCGCAACGAAUCGGACUUCCCCCCUGUUUUCCACAUCAAGCUGAAGGACCAGGUGCUGCUGGAGGGCGACCCGGCAACCCUGUUGUGCCUACCAGCUGCCAGCCCGUCCCCCAAAAUCCUCUGGAUGAAGGACAAGCAGGUGCUGGUGUCCGACGCCGCGGUCAACAUUGUCUCGUGUAAGGAUGGCCGCCAGCUGCUCUCCAUCCCCAAGUCGUGCAAGAAGGAUGCAGGCCUGUACGAGUGCACCGCUGCCAAUGCCCUGGGCACCGCCACCAGCUCAUGCACUCUGGCCGUGGCACGCCUGCCGGGGAAGACGGGCACUCCGGAGAUACCUCAGAAGUACAAGAACACGGUGCUGGUGCUGUGGAAGCCUGCGGACAGCCGGGCCCCUUGCACCUACAUCCUGGAGUGCAAACUGAACGGGGAACGCAAGUGGAAGACCAUCAGCUCGGGCAUCCCCGACUGCUACUUCAACGUGACGGAGCUGCCCACCAGGAGCACGGCCAGGUUUCGGGUUGCCUGCGUCAAUAUGGCUGGCCAGGGGCCCUACAGCAACCCCUCGGAGAUGGUGGCCAUCGAGCCCGACGAUCCCAGCGCUGCCCGGAAGGACGUGGCUGCCCCCGAGAGAGCAGCUUCCAGACGCUCCACCCAACCCCCUCCUGCCCAGCCUGUGCCCCAAACCGUGGGGGCCCCUCCCCCCACCCCGCCCCGCAAGCACAAAGGGGUCGUGCACAUGCCCGGUCGGGCACCCCAGACGCCUGUUCCCAGGGACGUUUCUGCCGCCAUUCAGCCGCCUUCCCGUGCCGAGACAGAGCCUGCCCCCCAACAGCAGCUCUGCCCUCCUGCCGCCCCCCCAGCAAUUGCUGGGUCUGGCUCCCCAGAGCCGGCGUUAACGCCAUCCAGGGCUGCCCCUCCGCGCCCCCUCGCCACCCACACAACCAGCCAGGCGGUGCAGGGAUCACCCGCCCCAGGCCCCCCCUCACCCCGGGGCUCACCCACCCGUCCAGCCCAACCCCCUUCCCGACUCUCCCCCAUUGCUCCAGCAUUGGCCACGCCCGUGUCCCCCUCCCCCAAAGCGGCGCCCAUGUACGUGGUCACCUCCUUUGUCUCCAUGCCGGCUGCGACACCCCCCACGGAAGCCCUGUCCCCUCUCCCCAAAGAGGCGGUGCCAUCAGCCACAAAGUUCCUGAGCCGGAGUGCCACCCCGAGCAGGGAGCCCAGCGGCCCCGCCAGCAGGCUUAGCCCCACGGGGCCGGGGGCUCCAGAGGCAAAGGAGGGCACAGCGCUGCGCCAGGGGGUCCCCCAGAAGCCUUACACCUUCCUGGAGGAGAAAGCAAGGGGCCGGUUCGGGGUGAUCCGGGAGUGCAAGGAGAACGCCACGGGAAAGCACUUCAUGGCCAAGAUCAUUCCUUACGAGGCGGAGAAGAAGCAGAGCGUCCUGCAGGAGUACGAGAUCCUCAGGGGGCUGCACCACGAACGCGUCAUGGGCCUGCACGAGGCCUACAUCACCCCCCGCUACCUGGUGCUGAUCGCUGAGCACUGCGCCGGCAAGGAGAUCCUCUACCACCUCGUGGACAGGUUCCGCUACUCGGAGGACGACGUGGCCGGCUACGUGCUGCAGCUGCUGCAGGGGCUGGAGUACCUGCACGGGCGCCGCAUCGUGCACCUGGACAUCAAGCCUGACAACGUGCUUGUCGCCUCCAGCAACGCGGUGAAGAUCAUCGACUUCGGCAGUGCCCAGAGCUACAACCCUCUGGUGCUGCGCAGACUGGGGCGCCGCGUGGGCACGCUGGAGUUCAUGUCUCCAGAGGUGGUGAAGGGAGACCCAGUGGGUUCUGCUGCCGAUAUCUGGGGGGUCGGCGUGCUCACCUACAUCAUGCUCAGCGGCCGGUCGCCGUUCUUCGAGCUGGAUCCCAUCGAGACUGAGAACAGGAUCCUGGCCGGGCGCUUCGACGCCUUCAAGCUGUACCCCAACGCCUCGCAGAGCGCUGCCCUCUUCAUCCGCAAGGUGCUCUGCAUCUACCCCUGGAGCCGGCCCACCGUCAAGGACUGUUUUGCCAGCCCCUGGCUGCAGGACGCCUACCUGAUGAAGCUGCGCCGCCAGACCCUGACCUUCACCACCAACCGGCUCAAGGAGUUCCUGGUGGAGCACCAGCGGCGGCGCGGCGAGGCUGUCACCAAGCACAAGGUCUUACUCCGCUCCUACCGCGGCUCCGGCAGCCAGCCGCCCCCUGCGCCGGUCACGCAGUAGCCCCCCCCCCGCGGCGACGGAGGAGUCGAAGGAACAUUCCAGGGGCCGGGCCCGCGGCGGCAGGUUCCCGGAGGCUGGCGCGCUCCGGCAGGGCAGGGCAGGGCAGGGCUGGGCCGCUCGGGGCGCAGAGGAGACCGCGGGCCCCUCCGCCCAGCAGAGUCGGCACUGCCGGGGGCUCACUGCUCCACGCCUGACUGCUCCCGCUCCUCCUGCGGGCGCCUGCUGCCGGGGCGGGACGUCCUGUUUGCUGUGCCGGAGGCCAGGGAAAGCUACGCAAACAGCUAGACUUGCAGGACUAGGGGCUGCAGGGGGAGGGGAGUGUCUGGGGAGCCCUGUCAAGGGGGGAGAUGGAGGGCCAGGGGCAGGAAGCAGGAGCUGUGACGAUGGGAAGCCACCAGCAUUGUCUGCCCUUUGAGAUGUUUCCCCCGGGUUUAGGGGAGCGCAGCCCGGCCUGCGGGGUUCCACUGCCAGCAACCAGCUCGGCGCGUCUUCUCCCUCCAGCGCCACGCAUGCUCUGGGGCUGGGCUGGAGGGCUGCCCACAUGCCCUGUAACCGGAGCUGGGGGGAGCAGAGCUGCGUCCUCCGGGGUCCUGGCAGCAGCGCCCAGCGUUAGUGUCACCGCGUGCCUCCUGCACCUCUCGAGGGCGCUGUCGCCCUGGUUUGGCUGUCCAGCACCGGCCCCACUCGGUGGCCUCCCUCCCUGCCCCCACGCCCGCAGGCUGCCGAGGCGCUGGCGGGGCAAAUGGUGAGUUUGCAUCUGUGCUGAACAUGGCUGAGCUGGUUGUGCAACCUCCCCCUCCCCCCCCCCCGCACAGCUCAGGCCCCAGGGAGUGGCUACAACACGCCUGGUGUGUGGGGGGGCUGUAGUGGCCGGCGGGGAGGCUUCACUGCGGGGGGGGGGGGGUGGAUUUUGACUGAGGGCAACCUGUGGCUUCAGUUCCAUUGGAAGUCAGGGAAACUGGUGCCUGUUAUGGAUGAAGGCAAACUGAGCAGCCUCCCCGCCGCCUCCCCGCACCUGGGGAGCUGCUAGGAGUCACCUGCUGUGUCCAGCCACAGUCUGACACGCAGAGCGAUGCCCGUGUGCCCCUGUGCACACACAGUGACACGCCUGUACACAUGUACAGUGACUUCCCUAUGCGUGCAUAGCGACAUGCCUCUACAUACACACGCCUGUACACACACACAGUGACACGCCUGUACACACACACAGCAACAUGCCUGUACACAUGUACAGUGACUUCCCUAUGUGUGCAUAGCAACAUGCCUCUACAUACAUACACACAUGCCUGUACACACACACACAGUGACAUGCCUGUGCACAUGUACGGUGAGUCCCCUAUGCACACAUAGCGACACGCCUGUACACAUGUACAAUGACUCCCCUGUGCACACAGCGAUACGCCUCUACAUACACACACACGUCUGUACACAUGCACAACAACAUGCCUGUACACAUGUACAGUGACUCCCCUAUCCACGCACAGCUGCAUGCCUGUAUGCCCCCCUACACACACACAGUGACGCCUGUACAAACGUACACACAGACAGGGACACACCUGUACACACACACAGCGACACACGACACUCCCAUACACCCCAUGCAUGCGCACACACCUGGAGCGUGGUGACACAGAACGACACUCCCCCAUACGCCCCCCUGCGCUUCCCAGUGCCAGGCAGUUCCCAGAUAACUGUCCCUGCAGGGCUCUGCCCCAGGGAUGCCUGCCCAGGUCUCUGCACCAACCACCCCCUCGCUCUGCGCAGGACCCAUUCCCCCCUCCUCCACCCCGGGGCUUCGGCUGGACCCCUGGCACUGCGGCCCCAGAGAUACCGCGUGGGGUGGCAGCUUUGGACACAAUCCCACCCCGCUUCCCCCAGCCGUUGUCCCUCCCCCGCCAUUGUCCCCCCGCUUUCCCCAGCCGUUGUCCCCUCGCCCCCCUCGCUGCGCUCUGGGCUUGGGACUGCAGUUGCUCUGGUGUGGACAAGCCAUGUGACUGAGAAGCAAUAAAGGCCCUGACAGCCCGGCCUGGCUCCGUGUGGUCACUGGGGAGCCCGGCAGCCCCCCGGCUCACAGUCAGCGGGGGCAGGGACCCAGCCGGGUGCUCCAGGCCGGUUUCAGAGGCGAUCGGCCCAACGCCGAGGCUACAAACGGUGGCUGAAAAGGAGCCACCCUUCCCAGCGCGUUCG